AUGCUUAUCCCUCGUUCUGCACCAUAUCUCUCCGCUCUAAUAAUCCUUAGUCUCCUUAAACUCACCGCCGCAAACCACAAUGAAGGCAGUUCCCUCGAUCAAAGUUAUCAACAUCAUCAAUACGAUGAACACGAUGAAAAAGACAACAUUUCCAGCCAUUCCGUAAAUAAAAAAGAAGGUGACUCAAUUGAGCAACAGAACGAUUACAAUUAUCAACAUCAACAACACGAUGAACAUGAAGAAGACGACAAAUUUUCUA